CUGUUUAGCCCCUCACCCUUGCAGCAAAAGGCACGGGGCGGGGAGCGCACACACUCCCGCACACUCCCAUUAACGCUCAUUUCAUUGUCCCAAAGCCUGGAAGAGUGGGAGUCGCGGGGCUGUCCAACUCGUUUAAAGUACCACAUUUUGUUCCUUUGUUGCCUUUCCUGCGACUCAUUUCCAUAAUCAUGAAGUGUUAGUGUGGAUCUGCACCGGCUUUGAUUGAGAGACACCUGCUCUCACACACACACACGCACACACUCUCUCUCUUUCCUCUGUCUUUUGUCUCUUGCAUCUCUGCAGCUCACAGCCGGCACCAGCGCGCAGGAGGAGGAGGAGAAGGAGGAGGAGAAGGAGGAGGAGGAGGAGGAGCGGGGUGUACCUGACACCUACAGCCGUGAGUCGCAGCUCUCUUCUCUUCUAGCAGACGCUGGCCACCGCGGGCGCUUCCUUUUCUGCGCGUGUGUGUGUGUGUUAGUUAACCCGGAGCUUUGUGCAGUUUGAACGGGACGCGCUGCUUCUGUUGACUAACUCCUGAAAUAAGAACAAAAUCAAAUAAGAUAAACAAAACACUGAAGGAUCUUCUAAGAACUCCGGAUUUUCUGUCGGAUCGCGAGGAGAAGGACUACACCUCAGAAGAUGCGUCUCCCGGUGCUCCUGUGCGUGCUGGCGUGUCUCUGUGCAGCACCGGGCCCGGUGGCCGGGGCGGAUAAAAGCUGCGCCGACCUGCGGCAGUUCUACACCGGGAAAGGGUUCACUCUGGCCGGGGUACCUCAGACCGAAAUCUCCGGUGAACAUCUGAGGACGUGUCCUCAGGGUCCCACUUGCUGUACCAGCACCAUGGAAGAGAAACUGGCCGGGUUGAGCUCCCAAGAGACAGAGGGACUGAUCAGAGAGGCCGGCAGGUCGCUGCAGGCUGCCUUCAACGCUCUCCACAGGAGCUUCGACACGUACUUCACUGAGCUGCACAGCCACUCCGAGCGCUCCCUGCAGGAGGCGCUGUCACCCCUCGGCCCCCUGUACUCCCAGAACACCCGUCUGUACGCGGACCUCUACGCCGACCUGCGUCAGUAUUACCGAGGCUCCGCUGUCAACCUGGACGAGAACCUGUCUGAAUUCUGGUCCCGCCUGCUGGAGCGGACGUUUAAAGCCUCUUCACCCACAGACGUGACCCUAUCAGACGAUUACCUUGAAUGCGUUGCCAAGCAACUGGAGACGCUGCGGCUAUUCGGAGAUGUCCCUCGGGACAUGAAGGCGAAGGUGAUCCGGGCUUUUGUCACAGCCAGGUCGUUUGUCCAGGGGCUGUUAGUGAGCACAGAUGUGGUCAGGAAGGUCUCGCAGGUUUCCCUGGGUCCAGAGUGCACGAAGGCUCUGAUGAAGCUGGUUUACUGCCCCCACUGUCGCGGCAUGGCCUCCGUCAAACCCUGCUCCAACUAUUGCUCUAACGUCAUGAAGGGAUGCCUGGCCAACCAAGCAGACCUGGACUCUGAGUGGCAGAACCUCAUAGACAACAUGAUCCAGGUGGCGUCCAGCUUCAGCACAGAGCCCAGUCUGGACGUAGUCCUCUCCUCCAUCCCUGCUCAAAUCUACGAGGCCGUGCGCUACCUGCAGGACAACAUAGACACGUUCACAACUAAGGUGUACCAGACAUGUGGCAAUCCGGGUGAGCCAGGAACAGGAAGCCCCACAACUCAUGAGCAGAAGAGGAAGAGCAGCUCCCUGACUGCAUCCGAGUACAAAGCCUCUCCCACCGCUGGACUCAGACUGGAAAUGCAGGUGUCAGAUCUCUCCAGUAAGCUGAGGGAGAUGCGUCAGUACUGGGUCCAGCUCCCUGUGGCACUUUGCAGCAAACUGGCGGCAGGAGGCAACGGUCAGGAUAAAUGCUGGAACGGCAUCGACAAAGCCAGGUACCUUCCAGAAGUGAUGGGCGACGGUUUGGCCAAUCAGAUCAACAACCCGGAGGUGGAGCUCGACAUCACGAAGCCCGACAUGAUCAUCCGGCAGCAGAUCAUGCAGCUCAAAAUCAUGAACAACAGGCUGAAAAACGCUCUGGAAGGCAACGACGUGGACUUCCAGGACGCGAGUGAAGACAUCAGCGGCUCAGGAAGCGGGAUGUGCGUAGGUGGCCAGUGUCGUCGGAGCCGGCCGGGAUUGUACGCCUACCCGCCGGAUGACAACCGAGUCAGAGGCGCUGCCACGUCUCCCACCGGCCUCCCACUGCUGCUCCCUUUCACCGUCUUGCUGCUGCUGCUGCUGCUUCAGCGAUGAUGGACCGCCGCUGCCUCCAGUCAGACUCUGAGGUCCAGAGCAGGGCUGAACCAUGGGAAAGGACAAGGGAUCGGAGAAGAUUGGAACUUAACUUUGCCAAAAAGGAAAAAAAAAAAUAUUAAAAAAGACAUUUUGCGGGAGUGAAUGAACAUUUUCUUUGAGAGGGACGAACAAAAACUGACUAUAUUCGUUAUUUCGCUUCGUUUUAAUACGUUUUGUUUUAUGAUUUACUUGGUUGAGCUGGUUUCAAUGGAUUCUUGGGAUGGGAAUGGUUCAAAGAAGAAGAAGAAAGAAGGGGAGUGAUGAUGAAGACGAUGACGUCCAUUUAGCUCCAGUGUACCGUCAGCAGGCUGAAGAUCUCGGUGGAAAGAAAAGAAAAAAAUCUCGUGCCCCGAAAAACAAGGCUUUUUUUUUUUUAUUUAAAUGUUAUUUUAUAACUUGAGUCCUAACAAACGUUGCGUACAGUUUGCUGUAAAUGUUUGUGUACAUUAGUUUAAAGACUGGCACCAUACAGAGCCAUGAAUGUACAGCAUAAUAAUACUCUACUGGCAAAUGAAUCCCCCAUUAAUCUGUGAUGUAGUCGUCCAGAUGUUUUUAGGUGCGUGCGUGUGUGUGAGUGUGUGUGUCGGCAUAAACAGAAAAGUAGGACUUGUUUCAGAUGUUGCAGAUAAAUCAUCGCGCUCCCGAAAUGUACGAGGUGUCGUGAUUGCAAGACUUUACCUCACUCUGAUCCCAGAGGAGGUCACUUUUAUAACAACUCGUCAUCUUCGUAAAGAAGCAAAGCGGACUCUGUUCAUCAGAGCCCUCACGAACAAGCACACCCGUUUCCUUAAGUUUGGUUUUCUGAGGACAGAAAAAUUGCACAUUAAUCCGACACAUCUGACUAAAAAAACAAAAAUCAUACUAAUAAUAAUCCACAGAACAUGAGAACGUAGGACUCCUUGAUGAAUGCACACAGUUGCUAAUGCACAGCAGGUCAAACCAAAGCUUAUUACACUGUACACUUUUUUUUCUGCUGACGUUGUCUAGAGUACACUUGGCAACCUUUUCACCCGGUUUGGUAAUGUCAAAAAAAAGAAAAGAUAAGAAAAAAAGCAUCACUAAAGAAACAGAAGCAUUUUUGUACAUACAGGAUAUCUGCAGAUGUUUACUCGGCAUGCCCUUCCUUCAGUCUGCACCUCUAUAACAGAACAUAUGGGACUCCUGGUACACACACACACACGGCAGAUGUGUUACACAAACACACAUUCACUCACACUGGGGCUGUGUAUUAAGCUGGUUUUUAUUCAUCAGUGUAUUUAAUCACACAUUUCAUCCAUUAAACUCUGUUUGAUUGUA